UCUGAUGUCGUGAGUAGUCCGACCCACUACAUUCUGGCGAAACGCGAAACGAUCCGGGGUGACCGGCUCGUCAUAUUCACCAGGAACUUACCUCGUCCGCAGAUCAACCUUUGUCGCUGCCGGACUUCCUCUGGACAAUCCAGUCUCCGACCUGUCCGCUCUCGGUGUCGAGUCCCGUGUCGGGUUCGUUAUUCUACCCCCGAAUACCGAUAUCGAGCUCUCUCGUCGAGAGUAAUGCUGCAUCUACUUCUUUUCGUUUUGCUCGGCACUGCUGGCGCAUUCAACGCCGCUGUGGCUGGUGGUGGUGCGAUAACUUCCGUUCUAGAGCCUAGACAAGACUCGUGGUGGCCCUAUGGACCUUACAGCCAGUGGGGGAUUGCAGGUGCCCCCUCUUCCACUUCACCUCCCACUCCCCUCACAAAUGUCGCCAGUACUGGCCCUACUGCGUCAAACCCUGCCUUAUCUUCGAUUCCCGCCUUAGAUGUUGCACCAACAUCUCUACUCACGACAACGGACUUAUCCACCGCGCAAUCGUCUACAGCAACUACAGCUCCAGUGGCCACUAUCACAGCACUUCCUCCUGCCGCUACGCCUUCCCGCCGCUAUAAACAAUUCAACUCUGGCAGGUUCAAUAUCGCCUACUUAUCCCCCGUCUUUGCACUAGCAGGUGCCAUCGUCGGAGCACUUCUCGCGUGGAUCGUCAUCCGACUACUCCGCCGCAAGGGCCUGUGGGAAUCGCGCCUGAAAGCUGGUCCACCAUAUGUGCCUACGGAGACGCUCAGGGACGAGAGUAACACCGAAGACAGCGCUUCACAGGCAACAUCUGAGGCUUUUUUAGACCGAAGGAGAGCCAGUCGCCGGUCGACGCGCGACUCGAAGCUAUCCCACGCAGCCAGCAAGAGGUCUAGCAACUGGCUAGUCCGCGCCCUAUCUUCGCACCAACGUGAACCUGCGGCCGACUCUGAUGCCGAGCUGGGCAAUCAGUCUGGUCUUGCAGAACACGAGGACGAUCCUUUUCUUGUUCCACCAAGCGCUGAUAGACCUUCACGCGGGACCUCCCUUGCCAAUACCCGCAAUGGGUCACCUCCACGAUUCGAGUUACUCCGCACGCCGGACGCACUGAGUGAGGACGAGGAGCUCGACAAUGCGCCCUGGGACACCCUACGCCACAAGUCUAUCCGCCGCGGGAUUUUGGAGCGCUUGCAGGAGGGCCCGCAGCACCGCAAAGGCCACCAGCGUAACGACUCGGACGUCACUGUCGAGCAGGCACAGUACCUGUCCGUGCCACCCUUGAACAUCCGCUCCCCUGCCCGCGGCCGCAGCCUUACGCGUGUGCGUUCGGACGAGACGGACAGCUCGGCGCCGAGUUCGAGCGGUCCCGGUUUCAGGAUCGUCGAAGAGGACUAUGAAAACGGCGCGCGUUCGAACAUCCUGGGCAUCGAUAUCCGUCUCCCAUGGCGCUCGCCGUCUGCCAAAUCUCGCGCACGUGACAACCUCACCGCCCUGCCCGCACGCGCGAGCUCUGUGGACCGACGCCGAAGCCCGGUAGCAGCGUCGCGCAUCAUUGAGAUGUUGAACUCGCCUCAGACACCAUCACGCGUACGUUACCCCGCCUCGCCUCCGCCGCGUCUGCCACGUGUGGACUCGAACGUGCUGCCGUCGAGCCCGCCGCGGAUUGCGUCGCCGCCCCUGGAGGCACAACUGUUCUUUGCGCCGCUCGCGUCGUUCGGCUCGGCGCCAAAGUUGCAUCUGACAGCCCCUGCGACGCCUCGCUCAUCAGAAUUGCCGGAGAAGAGGCACCGUAACAAGCUACACACUACCCGUGCUCCGCCUCCGCUGCCGUUCCCCUCGUCGCCGGAAUACGCGCACAGUCCGACGCGGCUCGUCUCAUCACCUCCAUCGCGGCCGGGUACAUCGGCUGAGCAGAUCGAGCGGAAGCAUGGUGCGUUGGACAGAGUAGGGCAGAUCCUUGCUCAGUCGUACAGCCUGAAGGACCUCAAAGGCGAAGAGCGUGUGAGGAGCCCAACGAUGUUCGGAGCAGUGGUAUAAGGCCUGGACUUUCGAAUAAUAGGACGAUCGGACCCGCUCUCUCCCUCAUUGCCAUGCACCAGGAAAGUCUAAACUGAGCUAUAGCUGCCUGUCUGUCCAUAAUUUCUGUAACCAUGCCGGGGUGAUAUGUGCAGCUAUCAAUUCGACACUUGACAUGCGCAUAUCGCAACGAUCCUGCGUAGGCUGCACACGGUGCAGCCCUCACCCAGUUUAACUUUAUGCCCGAGCUCCCGAGCU